UUUAAAUUCGCGGAGUGCCGAUUAAGUUUUCUCGCACCUGACGGGAAAAGCAAAAUGUUGAGGGCGGUGAAUUGGAAUCGCCCAUGGAAGUCACUGCAACAGAAUGGGUCUCAUAAUUUCUGUUUUACAGCGAAGCCCAAAUGGAGCAAUGCUGUUCAUCGUAAGGCUUGUUUCAGAGUGGAGAUCUCUGCUAGUUAUCCGUCAAAUGCCAGAAUUUGUGAUGAAGAUGAGAGGGUCAAACUUGAGCCAAUUGAUAGAAGCCAGACGAAAAGCUUGGCAGAUCGGCUUAGACCUGGAGGGCUUACUGCAGAUGGGCUUUCUUAUAAGGAGAAUUUUACUAUAAGGUGUUAUGAGGUUGGAGUUAACAGGACUGCUACCAUUGAGGCUGUUGCCAAUUUGUUGCAGGAAGUUGCAUGCAAUCAUGCACAGAGUGUGGGCUUCUCCACAGAUGGAUUUGCGACCACUCCCACUAUGAGGAAACACCGUCUCAUCUGGGUUACUGCACGAAUGCACAUUGAAGUCUACAAGUAUCCUGUGUGGGGUGAUGUUGUGGAAAUUGAAACUUGGUGCCAAGCUGAGGGUAAAAUUGGGACUAGGCGUGACUGGAUUCUCAAGGAUGCCACAACAAAGGUCGUUAUUGGUAGGGCUACAAGCACAUGGGUGAUGAUGAAUCAGGACACUCGACGUCUUUCCAGAGUAACAGAUGAAGUAAGGGAUGAAUACAUGAUUUAUUGCCCCAAAGUAUCUAGGUUAGCAUUUCCAGAAGAAAAUAGCAAUAGUUCUAAGAAGAUACCCAAGCUUAAGGAUCCUGCAGAGCAUUCAAGAUCUGGUCUUAUGCCCAGGAGAGCUGAUCUGGAUAUGAAUAAACAUGUCAAUAACGUUACGUACAUUGGCUGGGUUCUCGAGAGUAUGCCACAAGAAGUUUUAGAGUCACAUGAGCUGCAGACAAUCACACUUGAUUAUAGGCGAGAAUGCAACAAAGAUGAUGUUGUUGAGUCAUUGACAAGCUCGGAACCAAGCAUUUCAGAAAAUGGUGCAGUAGUAGACGGAUUUGUUGCAUCGAAAGGUAUUGCUAGUACAAAUGGAUCUGCAACAGUUAGAAGUCCAGCCAAGGACUUUGAAUUUUUACACAUGCUAAGAUUGGAUGACGGUGGUUUUGAGAUCAAUAGAGGCCGGACUGUAUGGAGGAGGAAACUUGUGAGAUAAUAUAUAUAUUUACAUAAAUUGAUUCAAAUUUAAAAUCACAAGGUCUGCGAUUCCUGAUACAACUUCAAAAGGCCAUUUAGUGUUGGAAACUGCUCUCCAAUUAAUUGGAAAAGUAUGGUGUUUUUUGUACUUUAAUUGGAAAAGCAUGGUGUUUUUUGUUCUUUAAUUGGAAAAGCUUGGAGUUUCUUGAGUUCCUGAUAUGGGCAUGAGAGGCUUGUACAUUUCAAAAUGAGUGUCUGAAUUGGACAAGUGCGAUUUUCUCUCGGCGAGAGAAUUCACCUGUGUUGUCUUGAUUGUUAAAUUUUGGGCGUAGUCAUCUCAGUUUUCAAGUAAUGAGGCUGUUUACGUUUCAAACUUUAUAUACAAUCUUAUGGAUUGUGUUGAGCUCAAAUCUUUGAAAUGUAACCUCAGAAUUCAAUUACUGCAAAGGCUGUUAAGGUACAAACAGUGGUUUUGCAUCA